AUUAAAAAGUUCGUUAGACACAAUGGUGGCGAGAUUCUGGAGGACCUGAAAAGUUUGAAUGGUUUCGUGGGUGCAAAAAUUUUCAGUCAUGCAUACACAUCACAUGCUGGAAUUUCCGAAAACCUCGUGGCUCGUUUAAACUCUCACGAAGAUAUAAAAGACGUUGAGCUUGAUGUGCUCGCGACGAAUCAACCAUCUUCAAGUGAAGAAGCACCGGCCGAUCCUGUGCUAGACGACGUCGUGUCACUGGAGAAAAAGCGCCUCAUUCGACAUCUAGGCCUCGAAACUACUCCAGGCCAACAACCAUCGGGUGCGGCCCAUACCGUGCCGUCAUUAUUUUUUAUCGAAUGUGCCCCGAAUUCACCAAGUGGCGCGAAAUGCCGACUUCCAGGUUGUCAUCGAAUGAUCCAACCGGGUGACCUACGCCUGGCCAUGUAUCCGGGAAUUGACCAGGGGUGGUGGGGAAGACAUAAUGCGUUCUGCUUCGAGAAAAUCGCUGAUUUCUCUCGGGUAGAAUUCCUUGAGCGCCUUCAACCUCUAACAAGGAACACUUUCAAGUUCCGAGGCGUGCACGUUGGAGGAAUUCUGGACGGUAACUACCUCGUUCCUGGUGGAGUGGAACGGCUUGUGAUGGAGUGGAAAGACACCCAUGGAAAGUGGGCUGACAAGCGCGACGGCUUACUUCCUGCAAAUUUCGACACUCUGCUACGCCAAGCAGGAUCCGCUGUUUAUCAGGGUACCAAUAUGCCUCAUGGCUUGGAUCAGUUCGAGUUUUACAACCUUAUUACUACCCUGGCUUCGAAUGAGAGCGAAGGUCCCGAUGACAAGUCGGAAUGGAAUUUAUUCAAUAAAUACCUUGACUCCAGUGCACAAGCCUUGGAUAACCCACAUGACUUAAGUUCCAUGCUUCAACACUGGCAGAAUGACGCCAGGCUUGCCAAUUCGGAUGAAGACAAAUUGAAUGAAGUUCAAAUGAGAGCAAGGCAUACAUUAGGGAGAAGUCAAUCCGAGCCAUUAAACGGUUAUCGGGCAUUCCAAUGCCAAACAUGCAGGGCUUGUUUCUCUGCUAGCCACUUAUAG